UCCCUUGCGGGGGGGAUUGGUCUCCCUUUGGAAAGGAAUGCGGAACCUGCGGUCGGCAAGGUAUCAAUCACUUAUUAUCAUUCAACGGAAAAUUUCAAAAGCUCGUCGAAGAUCACCAAACUCCGAAAGGCACAGCGUGAACGACCCUCGUCAACGUUCAGUCGGCCAGAGGAACCUCACCUUACCUCACCUUGCCUUACACUACACUCCGUCUGAACACUACCGUAGCCGGCUUUCCCAACGAUGCUCAGCCAAACCGAGAAGAAGACGAAUGAUAAGGAUUUCUCUAUCGGGAUCGUAGGAGCCGGUAUAUCGGGGAUAACGCUGGCUAUCAGGUUACAUUCGAUCGGGUUCUACGACUUUACCAUUUACGAACGGGACGUCGAUAUCGGAGGGACUUGGUUGACGAACGCGUACCCUGGAUGUCGUUGCGACAUCGCCGCCCACCUCUAUUCCCUCUCCAGUCAUCCUAAUCCGGAUUGGACUGAAGUCCAUCCUCCUCAAUCCGAGAUCCUAGCUUACUGGCAAGACAUCGCCCGGAAAGAAAACAUCUACCCUCACUGUCAAUUCCUCACCUCGUUCAUCUCUGCCGAAUGGGACCAAACCUCUUUAUCCUGGGUUUUCAAGCUCAAACGGACGUCCCCGCAAUCGUCUUUCGGGUCUUACGCCCAGAGCUCAUCCCUUGAUCACAACGACAAUCGCUCGCAGGGCGACGGGACGGAAGGCGAUGAAGAGGUCUUUGAACGACGUCAUACGAUCUUGAUUAGCGGGACCGGGGGUUUUUCUUGGCCCUUGAUCCCUCGGAUCAGAGGGCUUCCGAAUCCUUACCUCGAGGAUGGUCAACCUGAAUCCUUGUUCAAGGUGCAUGAACAGAAUGAAGUCCCCGUUCAGCCUGCGACCACGGUGGAAUCCGACAUCUCCAGCGACCACAAAUCAAUCCAGAACGACGGCGAGAGCGUAGAAGAACAGUAUCAAGGUCAGAUCAUCCACCCUGCCCGAUGGCCUCGAGGAGGGAUCGACCUGAAGGGAAAACGAGUCGCCGUCCUCGGCAAUGGAUGUAGCGCUACCCAGAUCGUCUCGGCUCUAGCUGCCGACACCGAAAUCCAGCUCUUGAAUUUCGUCCGGUCGGGUCAAUGGUUCUUGCCUAGGUCCGACGCACCUUACUCGUUCAUCUUCCGACUGCUCCUCCGCUACGUCCCCGGUUUGAUGAAGCUAUACCGGUUCUUCCUCUUUUGCAAGCAAGACGUCAUCUUCUUCGCCUUCAAACUACAAAACGCUUGGUUCCGCAAGCUCAUCGAGAAGGAAUCGGCUAGUCAUAUCAAGAAGAGCGCUCCUGAUGAGACGGUCGACCUGCUCACACCCAAGUUCCCCUUCGGAGCCAAGCGGACCGUGAUGGAUCGUGGUUACCUGGACAGCUUGAGAAAACCGAACGUGCAGGCGAUCACCAAGCCCAUCUCGAGGUUCAGCAAGAAGGGCAUCGUAACCUCGGAUGGCAUGGAGCACGAGGUGGAUGUUGCGGUCAUCGCUACGGGCUAUGAUGUCACCGCCUCCAUGCUAAAUGUGACGGGCAAGAACUCGGUGCAAUUGAGCGAUAGCGUUUUGAAGGAAGAUGGUCCCGGAGCGUAUCGAGGAAUGAUGUACCCCGGGUUUCCCAACAUGUACGUCAUGCUCGGCCACAACGUCGCCCCGGGCCAUACCAGCGUCAUGAUCAACAUCGAAGUGCAAGCCAACUACAUUGCCCAAGUCGUCAAGGCUCAGCUGCAGGAAGGGAGCAAGGUGAUCGAGGUCAAGGAGGAGCCCACUCGACGGUACAUGGACUGGCUCGACAAACGCAUCGCCAAUACGACCUGGACCAAGACGAGCUCGUUUUACCGCCUGGGCAAAGACAGAAAGGGUCGCGUCUUUACCAACUGGCCGGCCUACACCGCGGUCUACUGCUAUCAAAACCGUACGCCUAAUUGGACUGACCUCGCCGGAGCCGAAAAGAUCGCUAUCAAGGACAGGCUCGCAAAACAGAAGCGGAUCAGGCUGUUGAUUGUCGCCAUCGUGUGCACAUUGGCUUAUCGUCUAAUGGGGAAGGCUAGAAUAUAGACAUCGGCAGAAUGUAGAGAAAUAUAGACAUCGCGUCACGUUUGCUAUCGUAAUACGCAGGGUCGACCUUGCGUUUGUCCGUUGGAUGGCGUCCGGAUAUCGUGUCGUUAUCGCUGGCCUUGCGAAUCGCAGGCAUGACCUGCGACGGUGUGUGGGCAGCCAUGCAGUGGCACUGCUCCUGGAGGAGCCGCGCCUGCCGCAUAGCAUUUUGCGCUUCGUGGAAAACCAAGGCCUAUGUAGCCAGUUCGGCCACAGAUCAGCAGCAUGUAUUGCGGCUUGUUAAAUGCAAUAUCUCUUGAG